GAGCUGCUGAAAACGAGAGGCUGGGGACAGAUUUAAUCUGUCACGCGUUUGGUCUUCAGCGCAGUCUGUCAGAAGGAGCGGUUCUGUCAGCGUGUGCUUCGUCUUGUAGUGUUUGCAGACUCUCCACCAAGUGAGCCUGUUGCAUAUAUUGAGACGAACGGCCUUUUCUUUUCUUUUUUUUUUUGUAGCACUGAAAACAAGUCAUUCUUCCCGAACGAUGUAUCGCCGCUUGACAGAGAGGUUGCAUUGUCUCUGAAGUGAAACGCAACAGUGGGAUCAACAAACUGGGAAGGAAAAAAAGUGACUGAGAUGCCGAACGGUAAUCCUUAUUGUUCGUUCUGCAAGUGAGGUCUGGCAGCGGGAUGGCAUUGGCGAAGGGUUUGCUGUUACUGCUGAACGAGAGCCAGGCUGGUUUGGCAGCGGCUCAGGGGAACGGCACAGCAGACUGGGGAAGAGGAGGAGGGAACGGCACAGACCAGGAACGCCGGCAUUUCUACAACUUCUACGCCAUGCUGCUCACCCUGCUCAUCUUCACCAUCGUGUUCGGGAACGUGCUGGUGUGCAUGGCCGUGUCGCGAGAGAAAGCUCUCCAGACAACCACCAACUACCUGAUCGUCAGCCUGGCCGUGGCAGAUCUUCUCGUGGCCACGCUGGUCAUGCCAUGGGUCGUGUACCUGGAGGUGGUGGGCGAGUGGCGCUUCAGUCUGAUUCUCUGUGAUGUCUUCGUCACCCUCGAUGUCAUGAUGUGCACGGCCAGCAUCCUUAACCUCUGUGCGAUCAGCAUUGACAGGUACACGGCAGUUGCCAUGCCGAUGCUCUAUAAUACCCGGUACAGUUCAAAGCGCAGGGUUACGGUGAUGAUUGGAGUGGUGUGGGUGCUUUCCUUCGCAAUCUCCUGCCCUUUGCUUUUCGGUCUCAACAACACAGUGACGAGAGAGCUUACGAAGUGCAGCAUUGCUAACCCUGCCUUUGUGGUGUACUCCUCCAUCGUCUCGUUCUACGUUCCCUUCAUCAUCACACUGCUGGUCUACGUGCAGAUCUAUGUGGUGCUGCGGCGGCGACGGAAACGCGUGGCCACGCGACGCAACAGCACGGGAGCCAGGCCCGACCCACAACCCUCCAUCAAGAACAAAUGUACUCACCCAGAGGAUGUCCAGUUGUGCACUUUGAUUGUGAAAUCCAACACCAGUUUCCCACCCAACAGAAAAAAAGUGACCCUGGUAAAAGAAGCUGUGGUUCACCCAUCAGAGCCAGAUCGAGUUUGCUUCCUAGCUGAGCCGGAAAGGACCAGACCAAAGACCACCCUCCUGGGGCUCCAGUCCGUGUCUCAGGCCCCCUCCCGGUCCUUACCCAGUGGAGCAGGCCUGCCCUCCCCUGUGGAAGUGCCGGCCGUGCCCCCGGAACUCAACGGCCACCCCAGACUGAAGCGGGCCUUCGAGGUGCCCCGUGCCACCGGGGAUGAAAACGAGAAACCCACCCUCAAAUCCACAGUCAAGGGCCGGUUAUCCCAGCAGAAAGAGAAGAAAGCCACACAGAUGCUGGCCAUCGUCCUGGGCGUCUUCAUCAUCUGCUGGCUGCCUUUCUUCAUCACGCACAUCCUGCGGGUCCACUGCCUGCAGUGCUACAUCUCCCCGGAGCUCUACAGCACCGCCACCUGGCUGGGCUACGUCAACAGCGCUGUCAACCCCAUCAUCUACACCACCUUCAAUGUGGAGUUCCGCAAAGCCUUCAUAAAGAUCCUGCACUGCUGAGUGAGAGGGUCAGGAUACAGGGUGAAGAGAGGGGGUGGGGGCACUCAGCCAGGGCUUCCCAAACCCGGUCCUCGAGACCCCAGAAAUUGAGAGCUGCGGCUCAUUGAACUAAACUCUUAAUUGAACAAUUUGGCCUUUUUAGUUGUUCUCAGCUCUUAGAAAAAGCUGCAGAAGUUAACUGUAACAUUUUAUAAGUACCUGGACAUCUGCAGCUUUUGGGAAGCCCUGUACUAAACCCUGGAUAACUAGAUGUACCUCAGUAUUUUAUGGUUAUCCCUCCUUCCCCCACUUUGAAAAAUCCUAACUUGCUGUAUAUCAUGGAGGGAAUAAAUUAUGUGAAACAGUAAUCGGAUAACGAAGUGCCAGAA